UUUCUUGUGUUAACUUGUGACCCGACACUGUGGCAACACUGACCCCUCCCAAUCCAUUCAUCAGUCUCAAUGUUAUUCAAAGGGACUGCGUCUAAAAUCAGACGCUCAGCUUGCUCCACUUUGAAGUGCUCGCCCGCUUUGGUUCCCUGUCCAGACUCUUUUCAGCUGUGAAACAUGUGGACUGUACUUUCAGUGGAGCGUUUCUUCUGGAGUCAAAUGGCGUCGGUUUGUUUGGCAUUAGUUGGUGGUCUACAACUUUGAGGGGGGUGACUUUUUCAUCCAUGGCGACCGGAGUGUUUGUAUCACCCAUCACCCAUCUUGGUGACUUCACCUGGAACAGCGUGUCAGGACGCAGCGUUGGCCUGAAGCCCGUCCCCCUGCAAAGCCUGUCCGAGUUGGAGAGGGUUCGUCUCCAGGACGUGGCCUUCAGGAGACUGCUUCGAGAUCGUGACCUGAGUUGCCAAAUCGCCAUCCCUAAAUAUGGCCACAAGAAGAAGUCACUCAGGCGGAAGUUGGAUUCAUUAUCUAAAGAGAAGAGUAAAGACAAAGAGACUACACCCCAGGCGUUUGGCAUACCGCUGUCGCAGGUCAUAUCCAACGACCGCGCACUUAAGCAGCGGCACGAUCCCCCACGGGAGGGCCACAGCGACCCCACUGAAUUGAUGCUAUCCUUCCUCCACCUCACCUCCAGCUUCAAAAGGGCCAACAAGGAGCUCUCCAGCAGCAACUCGUCCCUUAGCUCCACUUCUGAGACCCCUAAUGAAUCACCUCUGCCCAGCACACUGGACGCAGCCCCCCGGACACGCAGGAGGGGCGGAGUAUCUGUGGAUUGCAUCACUGACCUUGAUGAUAACCAGUCUCGGCUCUUGGAGGCCCUCCAGCUGUCUCUGCCAGUAGAGGCAGCUGGCAACAGGAAGAAGCGCCAUGACAAAAAGCUCAGCCUCAACCCCAUUUACAGACAGGUGCCGAGAGUAGUGGAUCUCUGCUGCCAGCACCUAGAAAAACACGGCCUGCAGACGGUUGGAAUUUUCCGUAUUGGCAGUUCUAAGAAGAGAGUGCGACAGCUUCGCGAGGAGUUUGACCAGGGAUGGGAGGUACAUUUGGACGAGGAACACUGCAUCCAUGAUGUAGCCGCAUUGCUGAAAGAGUUCCUCAGAGACAUGCCUGACCCGCUGCUGACAAGAGAACUUUACACUGCCUUCAUCAACGCAAUGUUGCUGGAUUAUUCAGACCAAGAGAGCGCCCUCCAGCUCCUGGUAUUCCUGCUUCCUCCCUGUAACAGCGACACGCUGCAGCGCAUCCUCUGCUUGUUGUCCACGGUGGCUGCACAUGCCGAAGACAGCCUGGACAGUGAGGGGCAGGAGAUCACAGGAAACAAGAUGACAUCACUCAAUUUAGCCACCAUCUUUGGACCGAACCUCUUACACAAGCUAAAAAACUCAGACAAAGAGUUUGCAGUCCAGAGUUUUGCCCGCGCAGAGGAGAGCACAACCAUCAUCAGCGUGGUCCAAAGGAUGAUCGAUACAUACGAUGCACUGUUUACGGUCUCUGCAGACCUGCAGAACGAGGUGCUGAUGACUUUACUAGAAACUGAUCCUGAUGUCGUGGAUUACUUACUGCGGAGGAAGGCUUCCCAACACUCAGAGCCAGCUCUUCUUAGAGCAGAAGAGUCCUUCUCUCUGACUGAAAGGCGAUUAUCCAACGACUCCAUCAAAGCGUCUAGCGGAGAGGUGUCUCCCUACGACAACAACUCCCCUGUGCUGUCAGAUCGACUGCUGUGUAAAUACCCAGAGGACAGCAGUCCACUCUCUAACGGGAUCCCCAGACUUUCUCGGCAGCACAGACUCAGUAGCCAAGACGGCUCUGGCAGCACCUCUCCUACGCUGUCUACAGACAAAGAGGCCUCCACUGAUGAUUUCUGGGACACCUGGAAUGAGCUGUUCAACAAGGAUUUCACUGGCUAUCACAUCACCGGCUCCCAUGGAGACGUGUCGGAAUGUGAGUCAUAUGGAUCAUCAGAGGGGCUGAGCAGUCACCAAGGUAACAGCGAGCUGCCCAUCAGACCAACACAAACCUCAUUGGGCACGCUGGAAAUCAGGCCACACCUCCCGGUGACUCGCAGCAGCAGUGGUCCUCACGACCAGAGAGGACAGACACAGUCGCAGGCAUCAUUGCAUCAGGCGUUGAGUGGCCAAUCAGCAGCUGUUAGCUCGGACGACUUAGCAGGAAGGACAGGACACGCUGCAUGUCUAUUACUUAAGGUCGGAAUGAAUAAUUCGUCUCCCCUUCACUACUCUGGACAGCUGAGGGACACCCAUAUUUCUCACUCCACACCCUCCCUCUUCACAUGUCAGCCUGGCUCCCACACUCCACAGCAGUCCCUGCAAGGCCCAGCCUCCCAGUCUGCAGAUACUGCAAACGCCUCUGGGCCUGCACAAGCAAAGAGCCCCGGUGGUGCUCCGGACUCGCGGGCGGAGAGGUGGCAUAUAUGGCAGAUAAUGCCAAAGGAAAACACAGACACCCUGCCUGAAACUCUGGUGUGAUGCACCGCCUGACUGUGAUUCACUCUCUGGUCAUCAGUCGAUGAAACACUGUCUGUCUGCAGCACGAGUUAAUGUUCCUCAUUGAGAGACUGAUGGAACUUUACACUGAAUGUUUCUUAAAUAUGUCUUAUUGUGUCUUUAACUGUAUAUAUAUCUGUUUUUUGCAUCAUAUAAAAUGACUGAUACAUUUUUUAUUUUUGUAGUUUAUUUUUUAUGCGUUGUCAGACACAACAGACUAAAUUAAUAAUGUGCGACGCAGCCGUCAAAACCUUGUGUUUAGACUUGACUGUCAUAAUUAGACUUGAAUGAUAUGAAGCUUAAUUUGAAGCCAUGAAUGUAAAAAUAUAAACCCAGUUUAUGUUUUGCUUUAACAUCGCUGUAGUGCCAUGAUAUGUACCGAGGCUACUAGUCUCCAAUUCGAAUCUACUUGGCCUCCAUAUUUCAACAACAAAACUGGAGGAUAUGUUUUAAGUAAGAGUUAUUACACUAUAUUUAGUGUUGCAAGAUUUAAAUGAACUGUCACAUUUCAGCAUUCAUUUUCUGCUUGUACACAGCCACAGCUAAGCAGUGUUAUUUACAGGGAUAUCUAUUACGAUUAUUAUGUUGUUAAUUUACAGUACUUUGUAAUUUAAUGAAGAACAAUUAUCCACGUUUUCCUAGUUGCCUAAUAAACUGUGAUCAGUUUAAUGGAGAAUGAUGAAAA